UCACCAAGCACGCACCCAUCAAGCCUAAAUGGCAGAAACUUUCAAUCUCACCUAAUCUGGAGGCGGUAAGUAUUUACUACACAUGACGUGAUUUCACGUGCCCUUUUUUCUUGAUUAGGCAUAGAUAACGGCCGCUCCCGCGUUUAGCUUAUUCCAGGCAGAACAGACCAUCUUGCGUAGACAACGUACGUUGUCACGCAAGAUAAUGUGGUGGAGGCGUCACCAUCUCGCCACUGAUAUAUUCGAUAUUCAAUUCGGGAGGAUAAACAAAUGGUUUAGAGUAGCAACAUUUCCGAUUCAUUGCAUCAUUUCCACCGUUUGCGUUCACCAACCUAGACCACUGAAAUAGUGUAUCGUUAAUCACGAAACCUGCACAUCCAUUCGCUGAACAAGUCCAAUGGCAUUCCCCUACUUUCUCACGGCGUCCUCCUCCAGCCUCCAAGACAUUAAUCCGUUUAGCAUUCCUCCGAACUCACCUGCCAUUGACCCCACCGUCGCCGACGUCCUUGUCGUCAAAGCAAUCCUCCAGAGCCUCUCCCUUCCCCUCGAGCUGGCCGACACCAUAAUCGACUAUGCCGAGUACUGGCCUCACACCUCCGCCGUGCUGCCGAGUGUCAACCCCGCCUGUGCGCAGGGUAAUUCACACGAAAACUAUUUCGUUACCCGCACCCUCCCUCUCGGAUGUCUUGCAAGCUCCCCUUCCACAGACCCCAGCCGUGCGCCUCCGCCAGCACGCCCAGGCAAUAUGAGACCGCAUGUCUUCCUACCCACUCAGUCCGAGGCCUCGAAAGCAGCCACCGCCGCCCUGUAUUCAGCAUGGGCCCAGAAAUCACAACCGCGUGAAGUGCAUCCAUGUCGGAAAAUCGUUUUUAAGUUCAGGAUGCGCGAUCAGGGGUGGGGCGGGGAAUACAAAGAUCACGGAACUUAUAAUGGGUCGUUUACAUGGUUAGAUGUUGGGAGAGAGCGGGCGAGGGUCAUUGACAAGUAUGAGAGUGCGGCCUUGGAGGGAUCUACGGAGUUGCCGCAACCAACAAGGCAGCGGAAAGAAGGUUCAGAGAGCGAUGUGGAGAAGACGUUAGCUUGGAAUUUGGAGUCUGUAGAUCCUCCAUUGAAAAAGAAUGGAGCGCCGACGAGGAAUCAGGCGUGGCUUGAUCCAGGGAACAUGGCAGCUGCGGUUGAACUAGAGCAUCCGUUCUUGCCGCAUGGCAAGACAUUGCAGAAGAACGUAACUGCGACAAAGGAAGCCAAGGACUACACAAUCGUAUGGCGCUGGGAUGACGAUAUUGACGCCGAAUCCGAUGAGGCGGAAGAGUUGCAGAAGGCCGGCCGUGGUAAGGCUACAGGGAAUGGCGAGUUCGUUCGGAGUUUGGAAGUUGGAGACGUGGUGACUGUGUGGGCGAGAGCGAGGUUUCCGGGGUGGUCUAUCACGGUAAAGGACGUUGAGGUCGAUAUGUUCUGGGCAGUGUAAUAUAUCUAUGAAAUCCAUAGUUACAUCAGGCUAGGGUUUGUAGAUUGGGACACGGUUCAAGAGUGGCUAGUAGCUUUCCGUCAGCAUAUACUAGAUAAAUACUAUGCAGCAAUUAGCAACGCCUUUCAAUUAUUCUGCCAGGCUGCCCUUAUUGCUCUAUUCUUUUAGUAAAUUGUUUAUGCACCCUCAAUCUUAUACGACAGUGAGC